CAAAGGCUGCUAUGGCUAUCCGAGCAUCCGAGCCAUGCAAACCCAAACCCAACUACUACUCAGGAUGUAGGUAGCGCUCGUGCCUAUAAAACUCACUUCCAAAGGCCAAGAAAGGUUCCCCAAAUUAGCAAGAGUAAGAAGAAGGACGAGCUCGAAUAUUAGAGAUAACUUUCGGUUGUAGUUUUCUUCAUCAUGAGUACCAUGGAUAAGGUCAACUCCCUGAGCUCAUCUCCCAAAGGAUUGUGGAUGUCGGUUGUGGUAUGGAUGUUCCUGCUCUACCUUCAGAUUCCAACAACGAUGACACGAGGCUAUUACAAGAUUGUAUUGGGCAAGAAACUGGCUCCUCCUGGACACCUUUCUCGACCAAGAUUGAUCCCACGAGAGGAACGUGUUGUGUUUCCUUCGCCUACCUUUGAUGAGAUUCUAGCCGAGAUUGAAGGAGAAGAAGAAGAGGAGGAAAUGGUCCCAUAUCCAAAUGAAGACAACAAUAGCACUGAGGAUGAGGAGGAAGAAGAAGAUCCCUGUCCGCACGGCCUGGCCUUGGUGACUGGAGCCACGGGCAGUGUGGGUAGUUUGGCCACCAAAAUGCUGCUGGAACAAGGAUUCUGUGUCCGCCUCUUUGUCACUGACAGUCACAAACAAGCCAAGAAGAAACUUCAAAGCUUGUUUGAUGAGAACGACAAUCACACGUCCUUUUUGGAAAUGGUCGAGGGCAACUUUGGUGAUGGUUCUCUCAACGAUGCAUUAAAUUCGGUCACACACAUUCUCUUUGCUGCCACCAGCCAUGGAAAGUCUUGGCAGGCAGUGCAUCAUCACGGGGUGGCCGAAUGUGCUGCGGCUGCGGCCCAAGUUGGAACCGUCCAAUCCAUGGUGGUAAUGAGUGCCGCAUGGGUCAGCAAACCGUAUUCCAUCGGAUCCAUCCUCUACAACAGUUGGUAUGGAGAUCUUGCCUCGGCGCGUCAUUAUCAAGGAGAAGAUGCUCUGCGGUCCAUUGCUGUGCAGCAAGAAGACUAUGUGGACAGCAGCUGUUAUGAUGACUAUGACACUGCUAGCAAUCAGACCUGCACUCAACGAGUCACGGCACCACUCAACUAUGCCAUUCUUCGGUCUGGGCGCCUGGAGCAAGAUGGAAUCUAUGAUGACGAACAGCAGGGCAUUGAACUCUCCCAAGAGGAUUCCUUUGAUUUCUUUGGUAAAACCGGAACAGCUCCUGGCAUGAGUCAUUCGCAACUGGCCCAAGCCGCCGUGGCGGCAUUGCAUGUGCAAGGAAGGUACACGGUCGAAGUGACCCGUGGAGAGGCUGAUCCGAAGGAAACUACUACACUGUUCAACAUGCUCGUUCAAGACAAUGACAGCUUGUACUACGCCAACCGCACCGUCACUGUUCAAGACGUCGAAACCGUUCAUGCACAGGCAGUGGCAGACUUUUUCAACAUCCUCUGGACGCUCUUUGUUGGCACCUGUCUGCUUGUAUUCAUUCUGGGAGUCCCACAUGGCCUUUGCUUAUCCAUGACACUGUACAUCUUUACCAUUCUGCUGUGGACGUGGCUCUUGUCCGGUCGUGCCGUUUGGGACUGCCUGGAAUCUGGAUUGCAGCCCAGGAAUGUACCCUUUGUCAUGAAGAUGCCGGGUUUGUCCUUGUUCAUGGGAAUUGAUCAAUCUUAAGAUGUGCUCUGUAUGUGGGUGUAGCAUUCGUUGCAGCAGCUACAGUUCCAAUCCCAACCUUCCAACCAGGCUUCCAGUUGCUCUUUCCCCACUGUUCCACAGAGCAUACCGGUAGUACAUUAUUCUACAAUCAUGAUAGACACUUCACAAUAACUGAAUUCAAGACUCUGCAAAGUUUAUUCCAAUUACCGUGCGAUAGAUUACCACGAGUUGCGCACGAGUUUUUCAGUGCUAGCACUGUUCUAGUGGCCUACUAGCAACAAAAGCUCUACUAGCAACAAGAGCUCCACGCAAAGCAGACUAUAGUAGCAUUAGCUCUAACAGCGUGUUAUGACAAAG